AUGACAGAAAAAAGCGAACCCCUUCGCGUCUUGAUUGCCGGCGCAGGCAUCGCAGGUCUUGCAGCGGCUAUAUCGCUGACACGCAUAUCGACUCUUCCAAACUUAGAUAUCCAGCUAUAUGAGCAGGCUCCAGAGCUCUUGGAAAUAGGAGCUAGCAUCGCGCUCAGUCCAAAUGGCAUGCGCACACUGGAGAAACUCGGCGUACACAAAGCCCUAACAGAUGAAGUCGGGUUUAGAGGCCCAAGUGGAAUCCCGCAGAUAUUCCGGUUUGAAUCCAUCACAUAUACUCGAGAUACUGCUCAGCACGCUGACCGACAGACAAAUAGCCACUGGAAAACGAAUCAAGUCGUGUCCAUAGACACUCACAAUGACGUCCCUGAUCCCCGUCACCAUACUACCCGCUUCCACCGAGGCCAUGUGCACUCUGCUCUGCUCGAGUAUGUACCCAAAGAGUCAAUCCACUUGGGCAAGAAGAUUGCACGCGCGGAAGCUGACCAGGACGGUGUUUCAUUGUAUUUCGAGGACGGGAGUAGUGCCCACGGAGAUAUCCUCAUCGGGGCAGAUGGGAUUCGAUCGAGUGUCCGACAAUCGUUUAUUCCGGAUUAUAAGCUACGGUUCAGUGGGAAGGUAUUCAUGCGGGCGACGUUUGAUGCCUCAUUGGUAGAGGGCAAGAUCCCUGAUUUGCCUACUGAUUCGAUACACUGGUGGGGUCCCAAAGACAACUUCUUUGCGUCUCGGCUUGGCAAGAACCAGUACACCACCGUGGGUGCAUACGAUGACCCACGCUCAGCAGAGGAGGUGGAGAAAAGCAUUGCAUGGGAUCAACUUGGCAAUGUGGGAUUUUUAAGAGAGAGAUACAAGGACUGGAAUCCCACGGUCAAAGCCCUAACAGAGCUCACACCAUCCACAAAUCUCUAUCCCAAUUUCGCGGGAGACGCUCUCCCAAACUGGGUCUUUGGGUCCCGAGUGACUCUAAUCGGAGACGCAGCCCACGCUCACGGCGGUGCCUUCGCAGCCGGAGGCUCGCUGGCACUAGACGAUUCCCUCGCCCUUGGCCUUGCAUUCAAACAAGUGUUCGCUUCGAGAAAGGCCACAUUCUCAGCUAGAAAUAUCAACAAGGCAUUGGGGCUGUACAGUCAAACUAGGCAGCCGCAUACAGCUCGGUUGCUGGGUAUUGUGCACAGCCAGAUUGACAAAAAAGGUACUACUUUUGCGACACGCGAAGAAGAGGACGCUGCACUUGUUGCUCGAAUGACUGGCAGGCCAAAUACGGAGUGGCUAUCGGAACACAAUGUUGAAGCUGCGUUCAACGCUGUUGUUGAACAACUGGAAGGGGCGCAGCGACAGGUACGCCUCGCUGAGUCGAAAACAAAGAUAGGCGGAGAGAUUCAGCUCCAGGGAAGCAAGUUAUAG